UUCGCGUGCACAAGUUCCCGACGAGCACACUUGACAAAGGAUUCUCGAGGAGUACGUGAUUAUUGUUAUAAACAGAGUCCUGGAAACAGUAAGUACUUUCGUUACGAAGUACACUUAACAUUUACUGUCGAUGCAAACGGCGUUUGGGGUUUUUCAAAACAGUUACAACUAGCAGAACACCACAGUACACCGAUUUGGACGACAGAAAUUUGCCAGCUUCGUGAUACAUUCUAUACUUUAACGGAUUUAAUUUCUCAUCCAGUGAUCAUUAUCGAUGGUAUUUCUCUUUUUACGGACUUGAUGCAAAAAUGCUCAAACAAAAGUUAAGAGGCUACAAACAACAUCGCCCAACGGUUGUCUACUUGUCUACUUGCUGUGUCGAACAGUGCUGUCUGAUACGGACCGCGCCCGAAAAUUUACGAAUAUACUCCUAUCAAAAGUGGAGUUAUAUUUUGCAAUAUAUUAUUAUAUCAUGUUCAAAAUAUUCCCCAGCAAACCGCAGGAAAGAUACCUGUUGUGCCACGAGUUCCCAUUUUUAUUAUGCAACAGAUCGUUUUAUGUUUGCAAUUCAAUUUUAUGGCUAUUAGUGUAUUUUAUCAGCAAACCGCAAAAUUCGUCGCGACGUUAAGUUGCCCUCUGCUAUGCGGAAUCUGCCACCGUAACGAAUCUAAGAACGCCCUUCAAGAAUAAAAUCACUUCCCGUUAAUCUGCAACAAUCAAUUUAUGUAACUCAUGAAGCAGAGUUCAGCACGUGCGGUGGUGUUGCGUGACUUACGGAACCCCUGGAUCCCUCCUCUGUAUACGCCCCUGCUUACUAAAUGCCUUGACCAGUAGUUUAAAAAGGUAUAAAAACUUUCUUAUAUUAAAAAAGUACUGGUAAAAGAAAUUUGAAAACAGUUAAAAACAGGAGUGGUGAACCGCAGUGCGACUUGAUUAAAGUUGAACCACCUGACACCGGACGAAAACAGUGAAUAGUCAUUCAGUGAUUUUUUAAUCCUCUGUAACAUCACGAUCCACCACAGUUGUAAGAGAGAAGUAAAUUUGCUCUAUAAAAGCGUGAAAAUACACCCGUUUUUUUAGAGACAUUAUAUGAUCUUCUUGCUGCUCCUAAGUAAGCAACAUUGAUUGGUUCGAUGUCAGGGGUACGUGUGUGUGGCAUUGAGUUUUGUAUAAAAAAAAUACAAUAAGGGGUAGUGCUCUUUUUGUCUUAGUAUUAACAAAAGCUGUGUCAUGGGGAUGUGGCAGUUUUGGCAGAAAUGACACCCCAUAGUUAAGUGGCUGGGUAAUUUAAAAUCCAACCAUAAAUGGAAAGGUAUAUGCAACUCGCCAUUGUCAAAGAUUGGAAAACAACAGUUUAAUCCUAACUGAAAGCAGUUCUGUCUGACAUGAUAGUCAAGAAGCACACCAACGAGCAUCACGUUUUGUUUACAGCUCUGAAAUUUGCAUAGUGUAAGAGAAGUAAAUGGGGACUGGACCCUGGUCUCUUGACUCUCAAAUUUAGACUCUGGUCUGUUUAAGUUAACACUUAGUUGAUAACAAAUGAAGAUUUUGACUCCCGAAGGAUGUAAGUAUUUUAUCGUAACAUUGAUUGUUGUGGUUUUUGGCUAGUGAUAUGUUAGAAGUAAGAAGAACCUGAUAACUUCAAAUUACAAUUACUAGGACCCCAUGGGUACGUUCUUUCAAUGACAGAUUAAGAGAAUUCAUCUAACCCCGCGUAUGAAAAAAGAACAUAAAACCUAUCUAUAAUCGAGUGAUCGUAAUUUUGCUUUGUUUCACCUUUUUGUUUACCUAAGAAACAGUGACUGAAGUCCAGAGUCCAGCGUCCAGUCCAGAUUUUAAGCUACGCUACGAGAGGCCAAAGUUCUUGCUUUCCACGUGUCUUUUACGUGUGUGUUGCCCUGAAUAUAAAGAAUAAUCAAUAAGAGCUGAGCCAUUUCGGGUCAGUGAUUCUUUGAUUGUUAUUCCAGACAGAACCUUGACAGAACCUUGCAAAAGGUUAGUAACAUGUGUUGUUGUAAAUUUUGAAAUUUAGCUCUUUCGAUGUAAAUUGCGUUAAGAUCUAGCGACCAAGUCACCGAUCCUCAUUAAAUGGCUUUAAUCGUGGUGUCGCUUGGAACAAAUCCACCCGCAAAAGAUUUAUGAAUUUCAAUUUUGAAAUAUCGUCAUACUGUAUUUUACAGAAAAGGAGUUUUUAUAUUCUUACCAUUUUAAUAUUCUCUGGCAACCUGUGCAUGGACAAGAUACAUGUCAAGCUGCAUGUUCAAUUGUCCUUUUUCUCUUUAUUAUUCAUUUACAUUCUAAUCAGCAACGUGUAAAUAUAUUGUUGACCACCCUUCAUAAACUGAAUUGUUACAUCCGUCAAUCGAAUAAACCAGAUGCAGCCCCUCUUUAGUCCAGUUAGUCCGUCGAUCGAAACGAUGCUUCGUGUACAUUCUUAUCAGUAUCAUGUAAAUAUUGUUAAACACCCUCCAUAAACUGAAUUAUUACAUCCGUUAAACGAAUAAACCACAUGCAGCCCCGCUUUAUAGUCCAGUUAGUCCGUCGAGCGAAACGCAGGUAAUCGCGGAAAAGCAUGUCUCAGAUGGGUUGCUGAUGCCGCUUUGAUUUCAAAGUAAGAAUUAAGUUCGACGAAAGAACGGCAGAAGCGUGGCGUUUAAACUGGGCGGAAAAGUGCCCCGUUGAAGAAAAACAAAAGGCUGCUGGCAGUUCAUUAAAGGAACUUUCUUAAAGAGUAAACGUAAUCCCCCGGGCAUUAGCACUGUUUUCUUCUUGGAUGCCAAAUUCCCUGCGGCAGUGAUGGGUGGGGACGAAAAGAGGAGGUGCCCCACCCCAGGUCGUGUCCAAUCAACACGUCACUGCAGCAGUUUUUUUCAUUGCACGGUAAAGUAGUGCCAUUUUCAGCAUUUUAGUGAGCGAUUUUUCGUUGUUAGGUACGUCAUCCUCUCCCUCUAUUAAUUAAAUGUUCGUUAUAGCACUAACCAUUAACAAAGACAUCAACGCAAACACCAGCUUGUGAUUCUCAUUUCAUUAUUGUUGUUUAUCUUGUUUUGACUGUCUCGUUGGUAAAAAAAAUUCUCAUUGAAUAGUCUGUUGUAAUGUCAGCUGUUUUGAAUAUUGUCCUCACUAAAGUUUUUUCAAAUCCUUAAUCAUUCAUCAGAAGAUUGAUUCAUGUCGCUAUAACACUUCUGGCUUGAUGAGCAAUAAAAUGAAAUGGCCAUAAAAUCGAGAAAACAAAAAAUUAAAACCUUUACAAGUUUUUCUAGUCCUUGACAAACGAGCUGAUCUGCUUGCCUUUUCCUAUAAAUUCUCCGUAUGUGGUUUGAUGUUUGGAUUUCGAGUCAGUAUCCCUGUGCUUGUGAAAAGCCCGGGGUAGCCCCGGGUUGGCAAAUGCCCGACCCUCGGGUAGCUCAAAAUUUGCGAGUACCAGACCAAGGCGCCCAAAUGUCACGCACCUGCCGGGGUUGUGCGCAGCAGCUUGUAUUUCAUGUUAACCGUGUAUCCUGUAUUUGCGGCAGUUACAAGAUCACGUGUUAUUACUCAUUUUACAUUUUUAAAAGCAGUAUAGUGUUGAUAUUGUUGUAGACAUUAGCCAGCCCGCAAGCGAACAGCGAAAAAGCGCACUAGCAAAACCGCGAGGGGUGGGAAAGAUGUCGCGUGACCUUUCGCGAUAUCCCCCAAGUGGAGAACUUGCUUGUAGGUUAUUAAAGUAAACACUAUUUAUUCCUACGUGACCUAAGGAAACCUAGGGUCGCGUCGGUCUCUUCAAGAGUAAGUCAAGUACUACUAUUAUUGGUUGUCGGACGUGCCACAAUACAUGUAAACAACGUUAUAUACUUGAUGUUUUUUUAAUGGAACAUGCAACAGUCUGUGAUAGCUGGUCAAAUGUUGGGGUUACGAAUUUUGGCUUAGUUCUGAAAAUAGGGUCGCAAAACGCACUUACUUAUAAACUUAACGAAAUCACGACUUCGUGUCAAACAAAUAUGUUUCCAAAGUUCAAACGUGACAAACGGCAAAAGUGAACUUUGAAAAACUGUAAGGCUAACAAUCUUUCUCCCUUCCUUCCGUAAUGAAACCCAAGAGAGCACAACGAACACAAGUUUCUCCGUUGAGAUUCGUAUUUCACUGAGCUACAAUUCUUGAACUCCGCUAAAAAUAUAUAUAAUGGAUUGCAAAUGGUGCAGAUCGGCCUUCGCUUGCCUUCAUCCUUAAUUUCGGGGGCGUUGGAGGUUUGCUGUUCCACUUUAAUCUGUUUGUUCCACUUUAAUCUUGUUGAUAGUUUGUUUGUUUGUUUUUUCUUCCUUUCAAAUCGGUUUUCAGCUCUUAUCGCGGAAACCUCACACCGACUCGAAGCGCUCGAAAAACCGAUUUGAAAAACAAACAAACACGUCAAACGCGCGCGUCUCUCUCCAGUCUCACUCUCCGUUUUUAGCACCGCUCUGGCGGAGGGUUCAAUUUGAUAAAACUUUUACAAGUGUAAUUUCUAAGAGCGGCUAUUAUCUUUUAUUAAAUUGACCUCUGGACUAUCCUUUGACUGUUCGCGCGUCCUUGACCUACGCAAAAAUACGGACUAUUUCGUAGUCAAUAAGCUAACCGAAUAUUGGGAUAAAUACUUCAUAUCUCGCUUUACGGUUUUCGGAAAUUAUGAACAUAUUACUAAUUGUGUCAUUUUGUUCUGUAGCAAAAUGGAAGAGUUCAGGUCACCUGAAGAGUUCAUGUACUACGUGAAGAAAAAGAAUCCUGGAGAAGACGAAUUUCACCAAGCAGUAGAGGAAGUUGUCAGGUCAGUGUGGGGAUUUAUUGAAGAGAAUCCUGUAUAUAAGCAACAAAGCAUCCUGAAAAGAUUGGUAGAGCCAGAGAGGGUAAUAAUCUUCAGAGUUCCUUGGAGAGAUGAUAAAGGCAACAUACAAGUCAACCGUGGAUUCCGAGUGCAGUUCAACUCUGCCCUCGGCCCUUACAAGGGUGGUCUUCGUUUCCAUCCCACAGUGAAUCUAGGAAUUUUGAAAUUCUUAGGUUUCGAGCAGAUCCUCAAGAACAGCCUCACAACUCUCCCCAUGGGUGGAGGCAAAGGUGGCUCUGAUUUUGAUCCCAAGGGAAAAACUGACAGCGAGGUGAUGAGUUUCUGUCAAUCAUUUAUGACGGAACUACAGAGGCACGUUGGUCCGAACACAGAUGUUCCUGCUGGGGACAUUGGAGUAGGGGGCCGGGAGAUUGGAUACCUUUUCGGACAGUACAAGCGGAUCCGAAACGAGUUUACUGGUGUGCUGACAGGAAAAGGAAUAGGCUGGGGCGGAAGCUUGCUUCGUCCAGAAGCUACUGGGUAUGGCCUCCUGUAUCUAGUUCAGGAGAUGCUCAACUCCAGUGGAGACAGCAUCAAGGGUAAACUUGUCGCCAUUUCCGGCUCUGGAAAUGUUGCCCAGUUCGCGUGCGAGAAAGCCACUCAACUCGGCGCCAAGGUAAUCACACUGUCAGAUUCAAAUGGAACCAUUCACGAUCCUGAUGGCAUCACGGCGGAGAAACUGGCAUACGUGCUUGAGCUGAAGAAUGUCAAACGAGGGCGCAUCCGUGAGUACGCUGAGAAAUACGGCGUGACUUACUUCGAAGGAAAGAACCCGUGGUCCAUAAAGUGCGACGUGGCUCUUCCUUGUGCCACACAGAACGAAGUUGGCAAGGAGGACGCUGAAGAGCUGGUGAAAAAUGGGUGCAUCUUGGUAGCAGAGGGUGCUAACAUGCCGACCAAGCCAGAAGCAGUGCGAGUGUUUCAGGAGAGCAAGGUUUUGUUCGCUCCUGGAAAAGCAUCCAACGCUGGGGGCGUGGCAGUAUCCGGUUUGGAGAUGAGCCAAAACAGCUUGCGAACGGCUUGGACAAGAGAGGAAGUGGAUGAAAAAUUGCAGCAGAUUAUGAAGGCGAUUGACCAUCAGUGUGUCAAGUACGGGAAGCUCCCAGACGGGUCUGUUGAUUACGUAAAAGGAGCCAAUAUCGGUGGUUUCGUCAAGGUUGCUCAAGCAAUGAUUGACCAGGGACUGGUUUAGAAUAAGUGAAAACAAAUCCUGUGAUUCGUCAAAGUAGGUCAAACAAUGAUUAAGAAAGGACUGGUUUAAAAUUGCUAUUAAAGUUUGGUUUCCAUAUCUGCAUUUGCAAAACCCUCUU